UGAAGUGUAUAGACAGAAACCAAAAUCAAAUGGCAAACCCUAAGGUUUUCUUCGACAUUACCAUCAGCGGCAAGCCGGAAGGCCGGAUCGUGAUGGAGCUGUUCGCCGACGUGGUGCCGAAGACAGCAGCGAACUUCCGCGCUCUGUGUACAGGCAAGAAGCCCGACGGCUCCAGAAUACCCGUCUACUACAAAGGAUCGUCGUUCCACCGCGUGAUCCCCAACUUCAUGUGCCAGGGCGGCGACUACACCUCUCAGAAUGGUAUCGGCAGCAAGUCCAUCUACGAAGGGAAUUUUAAAGAUGAAAACUUCGUGAAGAAGCACAGCGGCCCCGGCAUACUCUCCAUGGCCAACGCCGGCCCGGACACCAACGGGUCUCAAUUCUUCAUCUGCCUCGCCAAAACCGAGUGGCUCGACGGUAAGCACGUCGUGUUUGGGCAGGUCGUGGAGGGUUAUGACGUUGUUAAGGAGAUCGAGAAAGUUGGAUCCGCCACCGGAAGGCUUUCUAAGCCCGUCAUCAUUGUUGAAUGCGGUCAACUCUAGUCAUAGUAGUACAUCUGUUGUCGCACUAGUAGAUCUUACUAUCGUUUUAAUUUCGCUACCUGCUUUGUAUUUUCUGAAUCAUCUUGUUUCAUUUCUUCCAAUCAUCACAUGUUAAUCCCUCUUUCCAAUCAAGUGGAUUAAUAUUUAUCUAGAAUUUUAUAAAUUUGUCAUUUUCAA